GGAGGGGCGAGCAGUGAUACAGCUUUCCCACGACGCAGCCCAGCGCCCCGAAGGCCCUGCAGGGCCGCAUGGCCGCCGGAGCCCGGGCGAGGGCGCAGAGCCUACGGUGCGGCCUGGCUCUUGUCCCCGGCUGUUUCUGCUACCUUCCCCCGCCUCUUUGGCGGUAUAAACGGAGCGGGCGCCCCCGGCCGGGCUCGCCAGACCUGCUGCCUCCCUGCCUCCCUGCAGCCGCGGGCCGACCGCCUCUCCCCGCCUCCCUGAGGCGCGGCGCGGCCUGGCCUGCUGUGACGGCGGCACCGAGGCCGCCCGGCUCCAUGGCUUUCAUCCGUAAGCGGCGGCUGGAGCGGGAGCUGUACUCUAAGGAGAGGUUUUCACUGCUGCUUCUUAACCUGGAAGAAUAUUACUUCGAGCAGCACACAGCUAAUCAUAUUAUAAAUAAUGGUUGCAGAGAUGAAAGAAAAUUCAGAGGGUCUCUUAAAAUCUGUUCAAAGUCAAUAAUUUUUGAACCUGAUGACAAUAUACAACCCAUUAUCAAGAUACCACUGAGAGACUGCAUUAGUAUAAAAGCCCCAGAAGAUCAUGAAACAAAUAAUCCUUUCACACGGGAUACAUCUGGGAGGAUUUCUGUUGUAUGUAAUCAGGUUUUUCUCAUUAAAGAAAGAAACAUUAUUGCACCCUAUAAAACAGUAAGAGGUACAACAGAAUACGUAUUCCAAUUGGAUGUUCCUGGGAAACUAGGAGAUGUUGUGCAAACUCUACAUCAGCUUUACAGGGCGUCUUGUCUAGAUAAAAUGGGAGAUCAAGCUGCCAUGAUAACUGCUAUAUUGCAGUCACGCUUGGCGAGAACUUCAUUUGAUAAAAACAGAUUUCAAAGCAUUUCUGAAACGCUGCAUAUGGAAUGUAAAGCAGAAAUGGUGACACCACUGGUGACUAAUCCAGGGCAUGUGUGUGUUACUGAUGCUAACUUGUACUUCCAACCUCUUAAUGGAUACCCUAAACCAGUAGUACAAAUAACGCUGCAAAACGUGCGCCGCAUCUAUAAAAGAAGACAUGGGUUAAUGCCACUGGGACUUGAAGUAUUUUGCACAGAAAAUGAUCUAUGUUCUGACAUCUACUUGAAAUUCUACAACUAUCAAGACAGAGAUGAGCUCUAUUUCCUUAUUGCAACAUAUAUAGAAAACCAUAUAACAGAACACACAGCUGAAAGUUAUAUGUUGCAAUGGCAGCGAGGACAUAUAACAAAUUACCAGUAUCUUCUUCAUCUCAACAAUCUGGCUGAUAGAAGCUGCAAUGAUCUCUCCCAGUAUCCUGUAUUUCCCUGGAUCAUAGCAGACUACUCUAGUUCAGUAUUGGAUCUGACAAAGCCUGAAACAUUCCGUGACCUUAGUAAGCCAAUUGGUGCCCUGAAUAAGGAAAGGCUGGAUAGACUAUUGACACGUUAUGAGGAAAUGACAGAGCCUAAGUUCAUGUAUGGGAGCCAUUAUUCAUCUCCGGGUUAUGUUUUGUUUUAUCUUGUUAGAGUUGCUCCAGAAUACAUGCUCUGUUUGCAGAAUGGAAAGUUUGAUCAUGCUGACAGAAUGUUCAACAGUCUUGCAGAAACCUGGAAAAACUGUUUGGAUGGUGCAACAGAUUUCAAAGAGUUGAUUCCAGAAUUUUAUGAAAAUGAUUCUAGUUUUCUAGUGAACAGUUUGAAGUUGGACUUGGGAAAAAGGCAGGGUGGAAAGAUGGUUGAAGAUGUAGAACUUCCUCCUUGGGCAUCAGGUCCUGAUGACUUUCUUCAGAAGAGCCAAGAGGCUUUAGAAAGUCAGUAUGUAUCAGAACAUCUUCAUGAAUGGAUUGACUUAAUCUUUGGCUACAAACAGAAAGGAAGUGAAGCAGUUGCAGCUCACAAUGUGUUUCACCCAUUAACUUAUGAAGGAGGAGUAGAUUUAAACAGUAUUAUGGACCCCAAUGAAAAAGUAGCUCUGCUGACACAGAUCUUGGAGUUUGGACAGACGCCAAAACAGUUGUUUACAAUUCCUCAUCCCCGAAGGAUAAUACCCAAGUUGAAAAGCUUGUCUCGGACAUCGAGUCACAGUGUUUCCAUAACUGAGUCUCCAGUCUCUCCCAAUGAAGAAUCAUUUGAAGAUUUAACAGAAGAAAGUAUAACACUUGCUUGGAACAAUAUUGCCAAACUAAAAUUAGAGGAGAAAUAUAAAAUUCACAAAGAGGCAAUUACUGGAAUAGCAGUCACUUGCAAGGGAACUUCUGUUUUCACUACAUCUCAGGAUUCAACUUUGAAGAUGUUUUCCAGAGACUCAAAAACAAUCCAGAGAAGUGUAUCCUUUUCAAGCAUGGCUUUGUCAUCUUGUCUAAUCUUACCAGGAGAUACCACUGUCAUAAGUUCUUCAUGGGACAAUCAUAUAUAUUUUUAUUCAAUAGCUUUUGGAAGACAGCAAGACAUUCUCAUGGGACAUGAUGAUGCAGUCAGUAAGAUCUGUUGGCGUGAUGGCCGUCUGUACUCGGCAUCUUGGGAUUCCACUGUGAAGGUGUGGCACUGUGUUCCUGGAGAGACCUUGAGCAAUAAAAAACACCACUUUGAACUGCUUGCAGAGUUAGAACAUGAUGUUAGUGUGAAUACAGUUGACCUUAGUGCUGGAAGUACCAUACUAGCAUCUGGAACCAAAGAGGGUACCAUUAGUGUUUGGGAUGUUACUACAGCAACAGUGUUGCACCAGUUGCCCUGUCAUUCUGGGACUGUAUUUGAUGCUGCUUUUAGUCCUGACAGCAGACAUCUACUCAGUGCAGGAGAGGACUGUUGCUUCAAAGUGAUAGACAUACAAACUGGAAUGCUCAUAUCUUCUGUAACUGCUGAUGAGCCACAAAGGUGCUUCAAAUGGGAUGGAAAUACCAUCUUAUCAGGAAGCCAGUCAGGUGAAUUACUGAUCUGGGACCUUCUUGGAGGGAAAGUUAUUGAAAGAAUCAAAGGACAUACAGGUGCUGUAACAUCCAUGUGGAUGAAUGAACAGUGCAACAGUGUUAUUACAGGAGGAGAAGAUAAACAACUCAUGUUCUGGAAACAGCAAUACUGAGUGCCUUUCCCUCCAGACAUUUAAAUGAACUCUUAUUUUAAACCAAACUUUUUAAAGAAACUUAACUUUGUGCAAUGAUGGCUGAAGUUCAACCAGAUAGGAAGCUUUGUUCAGCUACGACUUUCUAUGCAUGGUGACUUCAUAGAGAGCUCUUAAUUUCCAUAGUGUAUGCAAUUGUUUUUCAUGGACUAUGAUACUGAAACUGCUUGUCUAAAAUGAUAUCUAAGAUAAAAUUAAAGACUUAUUUUUCUGUAAUUAAAGACCUCUUAA